AUGGCCGACUUGAGCAAAGUGGCCGACUUGAGCUGGUUUCGACUGGGGCAGCGCUCCCGCACACCCAACGCAACCCGGUCGCCGACAUCCUCGGAACGUGCCCCGCCGCGAGACCGGGAGUCGCAGCAGAUGGGGACCGACCACCGCAGGCCCGGUCCAUCUCGAGUCCCGAGCUAUCUGAGUCUGGCCAGUCGUGCCUCCUUCUCGCCCGAGCCCCUCCCGGGCGGCAGUGAGACGAGUCUGCUGGUGCGUGACCAGGACAAGAUCUGGUACAACCCGUCGCUGGACCAGAUGGUCGAGGUACUGCAAGUCAACAUCAUGACGCAGGGCAUCCUCGAGCCCAUCCCGGUCCAAUACAACACGUACGUCCUACACCUCAUCGAGGGCUUUGCCGACUCUCAGGACAAGAUCCGCACCGCAGACGCCGCCUGCGCCGAGGCCAAGCAGUCACUCGAGCAGAUUCUGGAGCAGUGCAGACUGGUGGCUGACGAUUGGAUGGAGCGGGAGAAGCAGUACAAAGCCGAGAUCAAGCGGCUCGAGGUGCUUCUCUCCCGCACCUCGCAGGACGGGCUGGAGGCUGUCACCCUGGCCCGGACGAACAGCGUCGUCGACAGGGCCGGCCCCGGCGCAAGGCACUUUCUCUCAAGGCUCAAACGACUCGGCAAGAACGUCACAGAAGGGUCGUCAUCGUCGUCAUCGUCGUCUGCGACCUGGAUAACCGACCAGUUGCAACCCCAGGGCACCACCAUGGAUCGAGAAUACCUGGACCGAGACAAAGCAUCACCCGAUAAUCAGCGCCCAACUCCCCUUCCCAAGAUUUUAGACAGCACAAACGAUUUCCUCAUGAGCGAAAGGUUUCGACGAACCGACGCGGUGGCGAGAGCUAGCGCUACCGACUUGAGGGGUAGACGACAGGGCAGGCCCAGAGAAGCCACACGAAGCCCGAGAAGUGACAGUACAACGAUGGACAAGACAGUGGCGCCAAGGCCAGGUCAAGCCAGUGUUGGCACGACGCGGCCGCUCUUCUGCGAUGACAUUCCAAGGCCAGCGGGCGACGGCGGCAGCCCCGAAGUUUAUUUGGACAGUUCGGUAUCGGGCAAGAAGCAUGUGAGACAGCAGGUGCUAGAGAAAUUGCUCGGCAGUGAAACAGACGACAGUCGAGGUGGUGAUAGCAAUAGGCCGAAACGGCAAGCCCACCAGCCUGCGAGCCAUGGUGGCGCCUCCGAUGCACCCCAUGGCCACACCAUGUCGGAGCAUGACGGUAGACACCAGCGAGACUAUAGACAUCAGCGAGGCUUGUCAGGCUUCUCAUUCGCCGAGGGCGAUGAUAUCUUCCCACCGUUGGCCGACCGGGCUGGCCAAGACGAGGAGGACGAGGUGGCCAGCGAAGGCAUCGAGAUGCGGCGUUAUGAGCAGAUUCCCCGACGCCGGACAGAUGCUGGCCAACAGAGUUCACCUGAGAACCGCGGUGGCGUCGACGAUUCUACCAGCAGCAGCCAUACGGCCCUGCGGGGUGAGCAGGGCCAGCCGGGGAUGACGAGCCAGGAUUCGUUGGGCAGCACGGCCAGCACGGCCAGCAGCAGAAGGACGGUGAUGAGGAUAUCAUCUCCCAGUCAGGGCAGCCCUGGGCCCGAUUCGGGAUGGGGACAGGGAUCCGUCGCGGGACGGGACGCGGCCGGCAAGCAGCAGGCGGACAAGGACGUUUCGCGCAUUGCCGCGGCACGUGCGGUGGCCAGGAACAGCAGCCGAGAGCAAGGCAACCGAGGGUGA